AUGGCUUCGCAACAGCGCCGUAGGACGUCUCUGAGGCUUGACCUGUCUCAAAACUCUCUGGAGUCGCCCCCGGGCAUUGCAGCGCUGUUCUUGAUUCGCUUCGACAUCAAGAAAGGAUAUGUUAUUUCUUGGAAGGAAUCGCUCCCGGACUUGGAUAUCGAAAGCGCCGUCGAGUACAAAUCGCUCCCAUCCGGUCUACACAACGUCCAAGAAGAUCUCGUAUAUUUCGUCCAUGACCAGUAUGCCGGCAUAAGCGCGUUUAUCAACCAACCCGCCGCCGAAGCAGAACGCAAUGCCUUGAUGCUAUCAGUCGGUGUCUUGGUUCCUCUUAGCUUUGGAAGACUAGGAAAAAGCUGGAGACAUGCUAUAGGCCUCAAGGAGCUCGCAAAGUUGGUGAAGGAUACUCUCGUCAUUCUCAACGAGACUGACAAGACCUCUAGGAAAUGCGCCGACGACGUUACAAACACGCAAGCCUUGACUGAAUACUGGGAAAAGCAUCACGUCCGUGACGAUGAUGCCAAGCCAAGUGACUCGCCACCUGACUCACCUGCCGUGUUUCGUAUGCAACCGAAACCAAGUCGUCCAGAGCGAAGCUCCAUUGGCGAUGCUACCGGGUUAGAAACAACCAGGCCGGUCCUGGCUCCGUUUCACCCUGCAUUGUCACUCCCGGAAUUUGUAGGAACUUUUGGUCCACUCAUUUUUCCUCUUUUCAGGGCGUCUCUACUGCGCAAGAGAAUUUUGAUCAUGAGUGAAGCUCCAGUGCAACCUUCUUGUGACUUUGUAUAUGGUCUUUCUUUGCUUUCUUCAUUGCCACAAUCGUUAUUACCUCUUUUAAAUCCAGAUGGAACCCCGCCUCUAAGGCCGCGGCCUCUCUUUAACAUUGGAAUACACGACAUUCCUUUCCUUUCAGAUGCCUCAAACGCCUCCUCAGGCUGGAUUGCAUGCACGACGGACAAUGUCCUGGCUAUGAAGCCCGACUUGUUUGACGUUUUGGUACAGCUGCCACCAUCCUACUCCAAGACGGCAACCCCAAGGGUCUACCCCACAAUCUCUGUGGUGCAACAAUUCGCUGGACAGUCGAAGCCAGCGAAACUGGUACCUUUGAGGGCGACACAACGAGAUGCUCGCCGCUUUGUUAUUCUUUCAGACGGCCUCCGACGCUUGUCCAGUGCCGAAUCUCAAACAUUGGAAAAUGCCCACGAGGAUUUAGAUUCCGCGUCCACUUUUUCUUCAUCCCCCAUCAUCGAACCACUAUCAUGGCCGCGAUUAGCCUAUACCUCUUUUCUCUGGUGGGCUUCUGCCGGAGAAAAGCGCGAUGUCUUAUCCGAAGACGAGGGGGAACAAGACGAGCAGGACACAAAUUUCCUAGCAAACACUCACGCAGGUCAAUUAUCCCACCCUGGUCUACACCUAGACGAAAGCAAUCAACCACAGGAGAUAGCCUUGAUAGCUUACUUCCGACGUUUGACAACGCUCACCUUCACGAUACUGGCUGAUGCCGUUGCACGACAAGACGAGGCCGAUGAGAGCGACGAGAUACCCGCAGAGUACCGUGACGAGCCCCCAGACGAGGCCGAGGAGGACGAAACGAUAGACACAGGACCAGUAUCUUCACACGAAACCGACGAGGAUCCCCUCCUCCCCGAUGAAGCGAUCGAAAGCGAGCACAGCCGAAAAGAAAGCCAUGAUCCAGGGCGUGUGCUGAUUACCUCCCCAGACAUGACUGAAAUGGGCCUGGAUGUAUGGAGCGGCGCAGAUAGGAUAUUCCUUGAAGAAUUGCUUCAAUCCUGGUGGGGUCGGACGGCGUAUGUUGAUAGUACACGAAUCCGAUGUUGCGGAAUCCCGAUCUAUUGA